GGUGUGGUAAUGACCUUUUUAAAUGGUUUGACAUAUGGUGUGAGCCAUGAGACAAAUUGUCUAGAUACAGGCUGCACCAUCUGUAGUUCAGAAACAAAUGCAACCUGCUUUACUAGAAAUCAGUUGUACAUGUAUUUUGUCUGUCAUUCUGUUGCCCACUGUUCUUUUCUUUAAUUUGCCAAAAAGGCCCUGGCCCAGAGGAACUGGAUUCUGAUGAUCUGGAAACUGAAGAGGAAUUUGUGUUUUUUAGACAGUGAUGAGGAUGAAGCUGAAGGACAGGGCAGACCUUGUAAAGAUGACCCUUUGAGAAGUCUGCACAGUUAUGGACAGGGAUUUGGCACAAACAAACAUUGGGAAAAGCUUCACUACUAAGACAAAGCUGAGUGCUACUACCCAAGCCGGGGCCCAGAGAACAGAAGGCAGCAGCUCAGAAGAUGAAAAUACUACAGAGGAUGUUGGGCUGAGCCAAAUGGAUGUGGCUUUAAAUGUCAUGACUAAUUUCUUAGAAUCUUACAGUUCACAGGCUGGACUGGCUGGAUCUGCCUCCAAUAUACUGCAGAGUAUGGGGAUUCACCUUCCUGACAACACUAACCAUCAUCCAUCCAAUGAGGGUUCGUUAAACUAAUGAGAAACUUGUUCAUGUAAAACUACAAUGGGGGUCACAGCGGUGGUGAUGUUACCAACAUCCAUGUUACCAUUGCUAGUGAAAGGGCUUUCAUUAGUGUAAUUCUCAUUGAUUUCCUAUUUACAUAGAUGUAUUGAAAAAAACACCUACUGUUCAUAAUUCUUUUUUAGCCAAGCUAUUUGUUAUUGUACAGCUAUAUUUUUUUUCCAAGAUAAAAUUACUUGCAAUAUAUGUGGUUUGAUUCUGCCCUUGUUUGUGUCUUUAUAUAAAGAAGUAUGCUCCUUUCUUCCCAUUAUAGUCAGUGGCAAUUGCUGUGUUUUAUAACUUAUGUCCCCUGUAUCACAUUUGCAGCAUUACCUAUUGGGACCUAACCCAUGAUAAUAUCAGAUACCUUAAGCUGGCCA